AUGUCUUCUAAUAACUACAAUACAUCAGCAAAUGAUAUACCUUUAUUAACAACUCCAUUCUUACAUUAUAUACCUACUUCUCCUCCUUCUCAAGAAUUAGAUUUUCAUUUACCAUCUCGUACUCCUCUUCAUGGUAUUACUGUUGCUGAAUGGGCUGGUUUGAAAUCUCUAAGGCAGCCAAGCAAUACUAAUAAUAAUGAUAAUACCAAUAAUACCAAUAAUAAUGAUAUCAACAUUUCACCAUGUAAUAAAUCGAUUAUAUCCAAAGAUUCUUCUGAAGACGAUAGUAAUUGGAAAGAUGUUUAUCGAAAUAUAAAAUGUAUGGAUCAAUUAUAUGAUGCUUCAUUUUAUUCAUGGUUAAAAUCAGAAGAAAAUGUAUUAGUAACAGCCAUGUAUUUACAUCGUAUUGCCAAUGAAUAUCCUCUAGUACGUAUCAUAAAUGCCCUUAAAUGGCUUAUUAGUGAUUGGAGACUAGAGAGUAUCAGUGAUCUACGGCGAGCCCAUCUUUUAUGUCAUUUAACUCAUAGUUGGGCUAUUCAGUAUACAACUACACUUAUCACAAUGGUGUUGUCUUCUGCUCCUUAUACAACAGCGGAUAGUAUUCAAAGAGAAAGAUUUUUAAGGGCAUUCACAAAAGAUUGGGAUUUUUCUAAAUUAUCUGAAUUUUUCAUGUAUUUACAAAGUCCAGCUAAUAUUGAUUAUAAAGUGAAAUGUGUUAUGCUUCAAGAAGCCGCGAGAAGAGAAAGAGAGACAUUAGGUGCUAAAAUUUUGAGAAAGAAGAAAAUGAAUUCAAAUCACUGUAUAGCAAGUACAUCAUCUAAUAAUCGAAGACAUCAUCGUCGUACUUCUAGUAAUGAUGUGAAUGAUAUUAAACGCUUAAGACUCUCUACACCUGAUUUAGACCAUUCGGAUAAUGAAAGUAAUAUUUCGACCUCUACAAAUACAAUGACAAACACUGCUACCACUACCACUACUCCUAAUAAUCUUCGUCGAUCAGCAUCUCCUGAUUUACGCAAUACUAGUAACCCUGGUAAUGAAUUAUCACAUCUACAUUUAUCAGAUGAUACUACUGAACAACCAGAUCCAAUACCUUCUAAUGAAAUGUUUAUGAACACUACAACAUCGAGUUGUUGUUACCCAUCUAAUUCAACAACUACUGGCUCAACUACACAACUUGCAAGGCAUUUAAGAAGAAGAAGAUCUAGUUCAAGUAGUGGUUCAACUAUAGUUGAAUCAGAUAUCAUGACUGUAGAUGAUUCAAAUAAUAGAAAAAAGGGAGGUCCUUCUUCAUUACAAUCUCAUUUUACUGAAGAAACCAUAUAA